AUGGAAACUGACGAUUCCCUGUGCGUUGGGUUUCCCUGCAGGAUGUCUCCCAAGACCGAUUGCUCUCCUGGUGCACAGGUGAACAGUGAGGGGGAGCAGUACUACGGUGUGUCCGACGAUGAAGGCUCCGCUUCCUCCCUUGGCACUGGCAGCCUGCCUUCCUCUCCCAACCCUUCCCUGACUCGGCGGCAGGCAGGAGGCUGCCCUGCAGACGAGGGGCCCUCUCCGGAGUGCCCGCAGAAGAAACAGAAGGCCAGAAGGGGACGCACAAAAGCCAAAAGCGAAGUGGUGCUGACGAAGCAGAAGAGGAACCGCAGGAUGAAAGCCAACGACAGGGAGAGGAACCGCAUGCACAACCUCAACUCCGCCCUGGAUGCUCUUCGCAGCGUCCUCCCCACCUUCCCCGACGACGCCAAGCUCACCAAGAUUGAGACGCUUAGGUUUGCCCAUAACUACAUCUGGGCACUGACCGAAACCCUGCGGAUGGCCGACCACAGCCUCCUGAGUGUGGGGCAGCAGGAGCUGGCCAGGGAGCCUUUCCGGCAGCCCCCUACCACCGCCUGCCUGCUGGAGCUGACCAGUCCCGGCAGCAUCUCUCCUUGUGAAUGGGACUCGCUGUACUCUCCAGUCUCCCAGACUGGCAGCCUGAGCCCCACUGACUCCCUGGAGGAAGGGCGCUCUUACCAGGCUGCGGACGCCCCGGCCUGCCUCAGGCACAGCCCUCAUGCCUUCCCAGAGUUUGUCUGA